AUGGCGGACAAGUUGGGGUUCAGUUCAUCGUUCAUGGUUGACUCCAUUGGCUUUGCCGGGGGUCUUCUGCUCGUUUGGAAUAAGGAGCGUGUUCCUCUCUCGGUGGUGGGUCACAACUCACAAACCAUUCAUGCUUUGGUCAACCGGUGGGAUGGUAAGCGUAUUCGUUUUUCCUUUGCUUAUGUACGGCCCAAUCUUAGGGCAAAAGAAGUUUUCUGGAAUGAGUGCAGGUCUUAUUCGAGCUCCUUUCAAGACCCUUGGAUCAUGCUGGGCGACUUUAAUGACAUCACGGGGCAUUCUGACCAGUGGGGCAGUGGUGAUAUUGUCUCCAGCGCGGUUGACAGGUUCCUUGAGGCCAGCAAUGACUGCGGAUUGAUGGAUUUAGGCACCGCCGGUCUCAGGUUUUCUUGGUACAGGAAAGUUGGUGAUAGAAUCACUCUAAGAAGAAAACUCGACAGAGUGUUUUGGAACAUGGAUGCCCAACUCCUCUUCCCGGAAGGAAAAGCUCACAUCCUUCCUUGUACCCACUCUGAUCAUCACCCUAUCCAGUUCGCCAGUAAUGCCGGAUCCCCUCCCGACAGAAGGGAAAGACCUUUCAGGUUUGAAGCGGCCUGGCUUUUAAGAGAUGAUUACCGGAACGUUUGGCACCAGGCUUGGAGGGCCCAUCCAGGUGACAUCUCAGGGGCAAUCGACAAGGUGGGGAAGCUGUCCAAAGAUUGGAACCAUAAAACCUUUGGGAAUAUUUUUCAUAGGAAAAAGAAUUUGCAAGCCCGCAUUGCGGGGAUCCAAUCUUCUCCAAAUUAUGGUUUCGACAGGGGGUUGGUUAAUCUUGAAUCGAGAUUGCGUGACGACCUCAAUAACAUUCUCAAACAAGAAGAGAUUUUUUUGGUUCCAAAAAUCCCGGAAAGAUUGGAUUAG